AUGUUUCUUUUUCUCCAUCUUCAUUUUAUCCACUUUCUUGUUUUUCUUCUCCUCCUGCACCUUCUACUUUAUUCUCUUUUUCAAUUCUUCUUUUCUUCCAUUUCUUCUUCUUCUUCUUCUUCUUCUUCUUCUUCUUCUUCUUCUUCAUUUUUAUAUAUGUAUCUCUCUCUCUAUCUACCUGUCUAUCUCAGUCUGUUCCUAUCUAUCUAUGUAUAUAUCGCAAUAAGUUCACUAUCUAACUAUCUAUCUAUGUAUCUGUCGAUCUAUCUAUCUAUUUCGGUCUGUCUGUCUAUCUAUUUAUCUCAGUUUUUUCUAUCUAUCUAUCUAUCUAUCUAUCUAUCUAUCUAUCUAUCCCAGACUCUAUCUAUCUAUAUCAGCCUUUUCAGAUCUAUCUAUCUUCUUCCCAAAUGUUCACCCUCUAACGUUUUCUCUCCCAAUUUUGUUGUGUGUGUGUUUUUGUUCGCACUCUCGCCUCCCUUUACUGUCAAUUGUACAACACUGGAAAUGACUCACGAGCGAUCUCCUCCCAUCGAAAAUCAUCGGAUCACGUUACCCAUUGUAACGUCGCCAACACGAUAUUCUGUUAGUCUUCAACGUUGUAAACAAACCGCAUAUCAUCUUCCGAUACGCUUUUUAAAACGGCGUUCCAUUCGUUAG